CACCCACCCACCACCCCACCACCACCACCCACCACCCACCCCACCACCACCCCACCACCACCCACCCCACCACCACCCACCACCACCACCCCACCCACCACCACCCACCACCCACCACCACCACCCACCACCACCCCACCCCACCCACCCACCCACCCACCCACCCCACCACCACCCCCACCCACCACCCCACCACCCACCACCACCCCACCACCACCACCACCCACCCACCACCCCCACCCACCCACCCCACCCACCCCCACCCACCCCACCACCACCCACCACCACCCCACCCCACACCCACCCACCCACCACCCACCCCACCCACCACCCCAACCCACCACCCCACCCACCACCACCCCACCACCACCCACCCCACCCCCACCACCCACCCACCACCCACCCACACCCACCCACCCACCACCACACCCACCCACCCCCACCCACCCCCACCACCACCACCCACACCACCCACCCACCCACCACCCCCCACCACCCACCCCCACCACCCCACCCCACCCCACCCACACCCACCCACCACCCAACCCACCCCACCAACCACCCCACCCACCCCACCACCCACCACCCCACCCCACCACCCCACACCCACCCACCCACACCCACCCCACCCAACCCACCCCAACCCAACCCAACACCCAACCUAACCCACCACACCCCAACCCAACACCCUAA